AUUAUAUUCAUUGAGACCUUCCGAUUGAUAGAGCUUUUCAUCAAAACUCUCUUUAGUCUCUUUUGUAGAAUAAGGGGAUGGCUAUAAAUUGUCACAGAAUUGUUCACUUGGAUUUGAAAGGUGCUCCUCCAAAGAUUUCUUAUAUAGUUCAGAUUUUACCUCUACUAAAAGAAUGGGGUUGUACCGGUUUACUAAUGGAAUACGAGGAUACAUUUCCCUAUUUUGAUAAUUUGAAGUUUUUAUCAAAUAGUGAGGCAUAUACAAAAGAAAAUGUUGAACAAAUCUUAGCAGAAGCUAAAAAAUUGCAUUUAGAAGUGAUACCCCUUAUUCAAACUUUUGGACAUUUAGAGUUUGCUUUGAAGCACGACAAUCUGAAAUGUUUAAGAGAGGUACCAAACUAUCCUAUGUCACUAUGCCCUUCAAACUCAGAGAGUUGCGAAUUUUUAUAUGAAAUUAUCAAUCAAAUCCUUUCCUUACAUCCAAAUGCUAAAUGGUUGCAUAUCGGAGCCGACGAGGUUUCCAAUAUUGGCUAUUGUGGCAAAUGUCGAAAGCGACGUAUUCCGAAGGAAGAAUUGUUUUUGGGUCAUGUUGAAAAUAUCGCUAAAUUCGUUAAAAAAAAAAAUAUUCAGCCAAUAAUUUGGGAUGAUAUACUUAGAAAUGUUCCACAAGAAACAUUACUAACUUUUAACUUGAGUAAGAUGGUUGAUAUUAUGGUUUGGGAUUAUAGAAAAGAGUUGAAAUUUCCAGAUGAAAUGUGGGAAAAAUAUUCCAAAGCGUUUGAAAAUUUGUGGAUAGCGACAGCUUUUAAAGGUGCUACUGGACCUUGUAAAUAUGCUACAGAUAUAAAAUAUCAUAUUGCUAAUCAUAGAGCAUGGUUAAAAUUACUACCGAUGCUGAAAGAAAAGUUUAAAAAUGUCCAGGGCGUAGUAACUACUGGCUGGAGCAGAUAUGAUCAUUAUGCUAUUUUAUGUGAACUUCUUCCAGUCGGCUUUCCAUCUUUAGCAAUAUCGUUGAAUUUAUUAAAUACUGGAUCAUUCUCCGAAAAUCUUCAUACAAAGGUAUCGAAUGAUUUGAAAUUUAAAAGUACUCUACCGCUCGUGCCUUUCACCCUGAAAGAUUUGGAUGUAGAGUGCAGCUUUCCCGGAAGCAAUAUUUAUCGUGGUACACUAAAGUAUUUAAAGCUUAGAGAGGAGAUAAAAAAGCUUGAAAAACAUGAAAGGAUUCGCGGUUGGAUGAGUACUUAUCACAUUAAAAGAAAAUUUGCAAAUCCCGCUCAUCUCUCUUCCUUUCUGCCAAAUGUAAAGUAUACUCUAAAUGAGGUGGAGAAUUUUCGCUGCGAAAUGCAAAAUCAUCUGAUCGAAGUUUUCGGAAAUGAGACAGUUUCUGAAUUUUUAGAGACUUUAUUGGAUGACAAAAUAAUGUUUUUAAAACGAUUAGUCAAUGAUUGUGAAAGCUUAAUGCAAAUUGGUGCUGGAUUGAAAUCUAACAGCGAAUAA